CUUUCAAUUGGAAUACUAUUUCGUUGACUAUCUUAACAAAAAUUAACCGAUUAAUCAAAAUGGAAGCAGGUACAGAGAGAACCAAUGGCGACACAGUAACUCCUAAAUACGGAUGCGAGCAUUACCGUAGAAAAUGCAAAAUCCGAGCUCCAUGCUGCCUCCGAUUAUUUUCAUGCCGCCAUUGUCAUAACGAAGCUACUAGCGCAUUGAGCAAUCCUAAAGAUCGUCAUGAGAUUGUCAGGCAUGAUAUCAAACAAGUUAUUUGUUCCCUUUGCGAUACUGAGCAGGAGGUUGCUCAGGUGUGCACUAAAUGUGGAGUCACAAUGGGUGAAUAUUUCUGUGGUAUAUGCAAAUUUUAUGAUGAUGAUACAACAAAAGGACAAUUUCAUUGUGAAGGAUGUGGUAUAUGUAGGAUUGGGGGUCGAGAAAACUUUUUCCACUGUGAUAAGUGUGGUUCUUGCUAUCAAGUGGAGUUGCAAAACAAUCACUCAUGCAUUGAGAAUUCCAUGAAGAAUUACUGCCCCGUCUGUUAUGAGUAUCUUUUCGAUUCAACUAAAGGCGCAACUGUUAUGAAGUGUGGACACACCAUGCACACAGAUUGCUUUAAUGAGAUGAUAGAACAACAUCAGUAUCGUUGUCCACUUUGCUCCAAGACUGUAGUGAAAGCGGAAGAAUAUUGGAGAUUGAUUGACCAGGAGGUUGAAGCUGUUCAAAUGCCUGAAGAAUAUCGUUACGAGGUUCCAAUCCUAUGCAACGACUGCAAUAAAACCAGUAAUGUUGCAUUUCAUAUAGUUGGGCUGAAGUGCAGUCACUGCACAUCAUAUAAUACACGAAGGAUUUCUACACCGGAUGAUCAGCAAUAGAGUUGAUUAAGCAAUCGGAAAUACACAUUUGAGUUGGAAAUACACAUUUAACCAAUCAAAUAGAGUUGUUUAAUUACUAUACAUAUUUCUCGUUUUUUACAAUUUUGUUACAAAAUUAUUCCAUUUGGUUUAUGCUUCUUGUUAAUAUUGCAAAAUUAUUCACAUGUAAUUCUUCUUCAUAUUUACUCUCCUUUGUCUAA